AUGGAAAACAACAAAUCUGGAGAAAAUGCAAAAACUUUUCUGGAGUCCAAGGAUAAGAGAGGGAAAAAGGAUGACGAUGAUGACGACGAUGAUAAAAAAAAGAAACCGGAUAAGGACAAGCAAAACGGAAAUCAUAAAAGUAGCGGUGGAACUGAAAACGGUAGGGGCCAGACGAAUGGUGGAGGCAAAAAUAAUGAUAAAAACGGCGACACAAAAGGAGGUGGAGCCGCGGAAAAUUCCAAUCUCAAUAAUGAUUCUGCCCCUCCGAUAGAUUCCAACGCCCCGAAAAGCCCCAACGUUACGAAGAAGAAGGAGCGCAAAAGCAACAGCAUUUUGCUGAGCGAUACCAGCGCUAAGCGCUCGAAGGACAAGGGGGACAAUGCGCACCACAAGCAUGGGAAUGCGGAUACUGCGGAGAGGAAAAAAAAAGAAGCAAAAAGUGUGAAAUAUGCGAAAGAUGGGGAAAAGGCGAAACAUCAACAUGGAGAGGAAGAAGAGGAAGAUGAGGAUGAUGACGAUGAUGAUGAGGAGGAGGACAGUGAAGAAAGUGACUCUGAAGAAGAAGAGGAUGACGACGACGAUGAUGAUGACGAAGAAAAAAGAAAAAAUAAUGACAUUAAUAAGGAACAGUCUAGAAAAAAAGAACAACAUGAACCAUUUGAACUACUCAAUCUAGACAGCAGCAAGACAAUCCAAUUUUACACUUUACUAAGUGGUAAACAUAAAGAAAAAGAUGAUAACAGUAGCAGUUCAAGGACAGAAAGAUACCGACGUACCAAUUUAAAGAAGGAAAAAAAAUUAAAAAUGAGUCAUACGUAUGAAGAGUUCCUAUGGGAUCAUCAUGAUUACACCUUGUUAAAAGUAAAUUAUAAAAUUAACAAAAAAAGUCAUUACGAUAAGUCGAAAAAAAGAGCACACAUGCCCAUAUUCAUAGGAGAAAAAAAGGAACGUACUUUAAACAAGAGCAGUAUCUGUACAGAUAAUGCAAAGUUUUUAAAUUUCUUAAAGGAUAAUGAAAAGAAUGCCUAUUAUUAUAACAAUCGAAAACGAUACGAGAGUAGAAGAAGAAAGCAAAUAAAAACUAAUAUAAAAAUAAAAGAAAAAAGUGAAACCAAAGAAACGUUAGACAAUUAUAUAAUAAAUGUGAAUGAGAAGAAUAAGUAUAAUGAAAUAAUGUCCAGCGAAAAUAUAGAUAAAUUCACAAUGCCGCAGAAGCAGUAUCCUGCUACCAAAGAAACAGAUGAGGCGUACGUGAGUGAAUUACAAGAUGCUGAACAGAAGGAAGAAAUGAAGGAAGAAGAACGCCAAAAGAAUUACGCAAGUACCGUUGAAGAGGAAAAAAAAAUUAUAAAAGAAAAAAGCAAAGUUAAAUCUUGCUUACGGUGUAACCGAAGAUUUUUUAUAUUUCCACAAAAAACGUUAAGAAGAAGAAAGGAAAAAAUUAUUAUUUUUUUAAAUCAUAAUUAUUCUGCGCGUGAAAAUGGACAAUUUAAUGACCAUUUUUACAAAACCAUUCAUAAAAAUGAUUUGGAUAAUUUAGAAGAAGAAAGAAUUUACAUUGACAAUGAUAACGAAAAUACAAUAAAAAAAAUUAUCUAUAGAAUAUUUCCACAGUUUUCCAUUUUCAGUUUAAUCCUCUUCGUUACUUUCAUCCAAUGGGUAAUAUUCAUUCUCCUUAUAUCCAUCAAAUCUGAUUUUACCUUAACCCCAUCAAAUGAUUCGUUAAAAAAUUUUGGAAGCAAUUUCCCACACAAUAUUUUCAAGAAGGCCGAAUUUUAUCGCCUUUUCACAGCACUAUUUUUACAUUCGAAUUUUAACCACAUUUGUGCAAAUACAUAUGUUCAGUUAACCGUCGGAUUCUUGUUAGAAUAUUUGUAUGGGACAUAUGUUGUUUUUUUAGUAUACGUUUUUACAGGCAUUUAUGGAAUAAUUUUAUCCUCCCCCUUAACGUACUGCUACUCGACCACCGAAAGCAGUAGCAGCUCCUCAGGAAUUAUUGGAAUUUUUUUUUCAGAAAUUUUAAUGAUGACAAAUUUUAAUGUGGAUAAAAUUAGCAUUAGUGUGCAUUUAUUUUGUUUUUUCCUCCUCCUCCUAUUUCUUAAAUUUUCUUUAAACACCGUCAGUAUUAAUAUAUACAGCCACUUUUUUGGUUUCCUUGGAGGCUUUUUAAUCGGCAUAAUUUUAAAGCGUAACCAACUGAAGUACUUUCUGAAAAAUAAUUUACUAAUUCAAAUAUUGUCCCUGGUGUUCCUAAUAAUUAAAAAAUUAACAAUGUGCCUUUUUUAUGCCUUCCUGAAUAGAAUAUGCUUUAAUGUAAACUCCUUAUUUGUAUCUUUGGUAUUUAAAAUAAUGAUUAUUUAUUUAUCAACCUUUUUUGUUUUAACUUUGCAAUCGUUUGCAAGGAGAAAUUUGUAA